CCCGACCACGCCAUGGCGGAAGCCGAGGAGAAGGAAACCAGGUCUAAUGAGGAAUCAACGGAUGAUUCUGAGGAAGAGGAGAGUGAAGAAGAACCCAAGCUGAAGUAUGAACGGCUUUCUAAUGGAGUCACUGAAAUUCUCCAGAAGGAUGCAGCCAGCUGCAUGACAGUACAUGAAAAGUUUUUGGCACUGGGAACACAUUAUGGCAAAGUUUAUUUACUUGAUGUCCAGGGGAACAUCACACAGAAGUUUGAUGUAAGCCCAGUGAAGAUAAAUCAGAUCAGCCUGGAUGAAAGUGGAGAACACAUGGGUGUUUGCUCAGAAGAUGGCAAGGUCCAGGUAUUUGGAUUGUAUUCAGCGGAAGAGUUUCAUGAAACGUUUGACUGUCCUAUUAAAAUUGUUGCUGUUCAUCCUCAUUUUGUAAGAUCACACUUCAAGCAAUUUGUAACAGGAGGGAAAAAGUUGCUGUUAUAUGAGAGAGGCUGGAUGAAUAGAUGGAAGCCUUCAGUUUUACAUGAAGGAGAAGGAAAUAUAAGAAAUGUAAAAUGGAGAGGACACUUAAUCGCUUGGGCCAAUAAUAUGGGCGUGAAGAUACUUGACAUGAUCUCCAAGCAGAGAAUUACCAAUGUGCCUCGAGACGACAUAAGCCUUCGCCCAGACAUGUACCCCUGCAGCCUUUGCUGGAAGGAUAAUUUAACGCUGAUUAUUGGCUGGGGAAAUUCAGUAAAGAUUUGCUCAGUAAAAGAACGUCAUGCCAGUGAAAUGCGUGACCUUCCAAACCGCUACGUGGAAAUAGUUUUCCAGUUUGACACCGAAUUCUAUAUCAGUGGACUUGCACCUCUCUGUGACCAGCUUGUUAUACUUUCCUAUGUAAAGGAGAUUUCUGAAAAAACGGAAGUGGAGUGCUGUGCAAGGCCUAGACUGGAUAUUGUACAGCCCUUACCUGAGUCCUGUGAAGAAAUCUCUUCUGAUGCACUAACAGUACGAGGAUUUCAGGAAAAUGAAUGUAGAGAUUAUCAUUUAGAGUAUUCGGAAGGUGAAUCACUGUUUUAUAUCAUCAGCCCAAGAGACGUGGUUGUUGCUAAAGAGCGGGACCAAGAUGACCACAUCGACUGGCUUCUUGAAAAGAAGAAAUACGAAGAAGCUUUGAUGGCUGCUGAGAUAAGUCAAAAAACUAUAAAAAAGCACAAGAUCUUGGACAUUGGCUUGGCCUAUAUCAAUCACCUAGUAGAGAAAGGAGAUUAUGACCUGGCUGCUCGAAAGUGCCAGAAAAUUCUUGGCAAAAACACAGAACUCUGGGAGUUUGAAGUUUACAAGUUUAAAGAAAUAGGACAACUUAAGGCAAUUAGUCGUUACUUACCCAGACGAGAUCCAGUUUUGAAACCUCUGAUCUAUGAAAUGGUCCUGCAUGAGUUUUUGGAGAGUGACUACGAGGGGUUUGCAACCCUGAUAAAAGAGUGGCCUGGAGACCUCUACAAUAACACAAUCAUAGUUCAAGCUGUAGUAGAUCACCUGAAGAAAGAUCCACAGAACAGGACUUUGCUACGAACACUUGCAGAAUUGUAUACUUACGACCAGCGCUAUGGCAGAGCUCUAGAAAUUUACCUAACACUGAGACACAAAGACGUCUUCCAGUUGAUCCACAAGCACAAUCUUUUCAGUUCCAUAAGAGACAAAAUUGUUCUGCUCAUGGAUUUUGAUUCAGAGAAAGCAGUUGACAUGCUUCUGGAUAAUGAAGAUAAAAUUUCCAUUGACAGAGUUGUUGAAGAACUGGAAAACAGGCCUGAGCUCCAGCAUGUGUAUUUGCACAAGCUUUUCAAGAGGGACCACCAUAAGGGGCAAAGGUAUCACGAGAAACAGAUCAGCCUUUAUGCAGAAUACGAUCGCCCAAAUCUCCUACCAUUUCUCAGAGACAGCACACACUGUCCACUGGAGAAGGCUCUUGAGAUCUGCCAGCAGAGGAACUUUGUAGAAGAGACUGUUUAUCUUCUGAGUAGAAUGGGUAAUAGCCGCAGUGCCUUGAAGAUGAUAAUGGAGGAAUUGCAUGAUGUAGAUAAGGCUAUUGAAUUUGCCAAGGAGCAAGAUGAUGGAGAACUCUGGGAAGACCUCAUUUUAUACUCUAUCGACAAGCCACCUUUUAUUACUGGUUUGUUGAACAACAUUGGAACCCAUGUAGAUCCCAUUCUUUUGAUCCACCGCAUUAAGGAAGGCAUGGAGAUUCCUAAUUUGAGAGACUCACUGGUGAAAAUUCUUCAGGACUAUAAUUUGCAGAUCUUGCUGCGGGAAGGCUGCAAAAAGAUACUUGUUGCUGAUUCUCUUUCUUUAUUAAAGAAAAUGCAUCGAAAUCAGAUGAAGGGUGUCCUAGUAGAUGAGGAGAAUAUCUGUGAAUCGUGCCUGUCUCCAAUACUUCCUUCAGAUGCAUCCAAGUCCUUCAACGUGGUAGUGUUCCACUGCAGACACAUGUUUCACAAAGAAUGCCUCCCAGUAUCUAACACAAUAUCUCCAAUCCAGUUCUGCAACAUAUGCAGUGCCAAACACCGGGGCCCAGGGAGUGCAAUCCUGGAGAUGAAGAAAUAGCAGACCCCUAGUUCUCCAUGCCAGCCUGUGACACCAAGUCUGUUAGGACCAUGCAGAGCCACUGUAGUUUCUAUUACUUAUUAUUUCUGUAUAUAUAAUUAUGAUUUAAAUCUGCUUUCUGUAAGUUAUCCAUCUUUGUCAUGCAAUUCAUACGUCACUGUUCCUGUGUGCAGCUCAUUACUUAACUCUAGAACAGAAAAGAGUAAUAAAAUGGGAAGGUAAAAAAAAAAACAAAACAGUUUGGAGAUUUUUGCAUGCUUUACAGUUUGGAGCCAUAUCAGGCUCAGGUUUAGAUACUGUAAAGAAAGGUGAGUUGCUGUGAAUUCAGCUCGUGAAACUACUUUAGUUGUGAUUUAGUCUAUUAGGGAAUUGUUUCUUCUGAGACCCAUAAGAAUCUGACUGCUUUCAGGACUUGAAGCUGGCUGUGUGGCAACUCAUACAUUAAAUUUACAAACUCAUUAAUUGUUAAUUUCACACAUUAGCAGUUUACUUUGAUUAUAUGGUUACACAUUCAUAGUUUUGUUAUAAACUGGUUAUCUUCUUAAUUAUCUUCACAAUGCAGUGGUUUAAGGUGGGCUUUUUCAAUAUUAAAUUCAUCCAGAAACUUCAUUUUUAAAUGUUAGCAGUAGGUUCUUACAGUUAUUUUUAAGCGCAUUUGUUGUGUCUGAUUGAAUUUAAGUACAGGAAACGCAUCUGACCUUUGAAAGAUUAGAUCUCCAGGAGUUUCUUUUGGCCUUAGUAAUUUAAUAGCUAAGUUAAAUAAGUCUAUUUGGAAGUAGACAAAAAACAUUUAAUUUCAACAGUGUUCUGUUUUUGUUGAUCCAAAGGAGGUGAUCUUUCAGAAUGUCUGCAGUCAUUUGAUUUCUUUAUAAUGUUAUCUGGUUAAACAUAAGCAUAUUUUCCAUAAGAACAGUAAUUUUUCAGAAAUCCCAAGGUAUUUUUAACUCUUCUUUAUAACUGGAGUUUGAAAGUCAAAAUAUACAUUGUUUUACCAUCAAAUUGUGGAUUGUGGGGUCUAAGUAAGUAGUUAACAUCAUAAGUUCUGAAAUAACAGUAUAGUGAUACUGCAGUGUAUUUGUAAAAUUGGAAAAUGUAACACCUGUAAGUUCUUCUGUACCUUACUCUCAUGUAGGUACCUUACCUUAAAAUUGGAAUGGAAGACUGGAUUUCUAUUUUGUGUAAAUUCAUUAUACUCUUUUGUUAUCCUCCCAGCAGCUGGCUCAGCUGGUCUAGCAGUCUGAAGAAUGAUUUUGUUGUCCACAGUGUAGUCUAUAUAAUACUGGAAUAAUAUUUGAAGUGUUAUUAGAAAUGCUAGGAUUUAUUCUGUAUGGUUACAGAGACAAAUUAUCAUUAAAAGGAAAGUUCUCUCGAAGACAUAGCAAUCAUAUUCUUUUGUGGCAAUGCAAACAAAUGCAGAAAAAACAAAAAGCAGUGCAGGCUAUUAAUGUACAUGUGGUAGAUGGAAUAUCAGAAGGAUAGGAGCUUUGUACUGCAGAGCAUAGUCCAUAUACAUCAAACUUCACCCUUAAGAAUUAUUGCCUUUAGCAGUUCAUUCUCAGCAGCUGGUACAUAUUCUCAGGUAUAUUGUUCACCUAUCCUUUCUGAACUACACUGAUCAGGAAAGCUGCUUUGAUUCCUAGUAAAUGAAAUGCUCCAGUGAGCUCAAGAGCUGUUUCACUCUGAUACUUUGAGCUUUUGCAUGUCUGUAGACAAACUUAGAAACCUUUUUAAAAAAAACACUUGCUCAGUAGCUCUAAGCAGCUCUUCUCUAUUAUAGCCUAAGAAUGCACUGUGCAACACCAUAAGCUGUCAGCUUGGAGGAGGAACAAGUCAAAUUACUCCUGUGCAGUUAUGCUACAAAAAUUUCUAUAGUUCAGUUAUAUGAUAAUUUAAAGCAGGUAUAUUGUUUACUUUAGCAUGGCCUUAAAUUCCCUUUAGCACUCGAGUGUUCAGUGAUUCAUUUUGCUAGCCUGGCAUCACUGGCAAUCAUACUGCCUUAUACCCUGGCAUAUUCUUUACAUUAUGCAAGUAAUUUUAAGUCACUGUAUGAGAAUCUAAUCAAAAUCUUGUCUAAAUCUAAAGCUUCUUUCAUUUGGGCUUCAGGGACAACUGUUUCUGUAUUCCUGAAUUCUAAAUUUGGUCAUUAAGAUUCAGGAAGAAAUGCACAGUCCUGACUUUGAUACACUUUUCUUCCUAAGAGGCCUUCACAUCAUAGCAAAUGUCUGAGGUUAGAGCCUAAAAUAUUCAGCUCUUCUUUUAGAGAACAGUUCUGCCUGAGAAGUAGCCUUAAAGUUGUAUAACUCUUUAGAAAAGUACAGAAUAGCACCCAGUUUCACCAGAUCUUAAGAUGUUAAUCCAAUUAUCAAAGUGCUUUUUCUUAUAACCUAAGGUAAAUUUUAGGCAAAUUUAACAAGGAAAAUACUAUUUUUUCACUAGUCAUACUGUUCAGUCUGAAUUCAUCAGUAGUGACCAUAAAAGCUAAUCGAAAGGAUAUGUGACAGAUCAAGUAAGAACGUAUUGGUCUACCAUAUCAGAGACAAAGAUAUUUUGGUUAUAAUGAACCUUUGGAUUAUUUUUCUUAUCUGUGCUCAUUUUAAUAUUUUGAGACCCGCAAUGCUGUAUGAUAAGCUUGGUAGCAAAGUUGAGAAGCACUGAAGAUUUUGGUGGGCUCAGAAGCCAGGGGCUAGUGAUCCUUGGUGAAAAUGAGGCUAUGUAGUCCAGCUGAGAGCUCAGUAAAAACUGCAAUCUUUAGGAUAAAGGUUGAAUUCUGUAAAAGCAGGAGAUAAUCUGUUCCUAAUAGACUUGUGGGGAGUGAGAGGGACCUGUCAGGAGUAAAACUCUGGCAGUAAUUUGUGGGAUAAGUAAAAAGUGCCUGGUUUUUAUUUAUUGCGUGAUCUUUUUGUGGCUGAUAGGCAAAGUCUGAAAAGGAUAGGGACAGGCUCUGUGGAUCUUUUGGCUUGUCUUGAGAGGUACAUGACUGGCUUUUGCCAUUUGCUAAAUCUGGAGAUUUUGUACACAAAUUUCAUGUGUUCACCAGCUAGUCGGUGUAUCUCACUAGGCUUGAGGUAGCUCCUCUGCUAAAUCAGUGAGGUACUGAACCAGCUGUUUGGGGCAUGGGCAAGAGCCUGGUGCCCAGCAUUACAUGGAUCAUUGGGCCAUCUAAUACUUCAAGCAGUUAUUCCAUAUACAAGGUAUGUUCUCCAGCUGUAGAAGGUUUCCCUUCAAUACAAUGGAUAUUGUGUAUUGGAACAGGAAUAAGUUGUCCAGUAUCUGAAAUUGUUCUUGUGUUUGCCAGAACAAAGAAAAAAAUAGUUAUUUUCCCAUUUUUAGAGCCACACUUCAUAUUCCAAUUUGAAAUAAGUGUUUUCAUGGCAAGUUGCUGCCAAGGACUUGGAUGAAGAUUUGUCAAGGACUACUGUAAAGCAGAGAGCAGGAAGUAUCCAGUUAACAGGUAUGUUUUGUAAUGUAUUUUUAGUAGGAGACUACUAAAUGUACUGUGACAUCUUUUUUAAAAUUUUGGCCCAUAUUUGGGUAGAGGCUGUCAAUAUUCUCUACAGACUGCACAGGUUGGCUUAUCAAGUUUUCAUCUUAGGAAAUUCAAAUCACUUUUUACCUUAGACUUAAGAGUUAUUCAGCUAGAGUCUUCUAAGCAGGCAACAUUUUACUCUUUGUUGUUGUGUAUAGUGCCACAGUGGUUUUUUGCUUGUUGAGCAGAAUUCCUGACUGCAGUUCAAAGGAACUGGCAUUGCAAAUAGCCUCUUAAAUGAAGACCUCACAUUGGAUUUCGCACCUCUGAAAUACUGAGAUUUAACAUUCAAGUAUUGAAUGUCUCAGUCACCUUGGAAAAUACACUGUCAUCUCUCCAAGUUGGUUGGACUGUGUCAUUUGAUAGCAGUUUGAAAAAGUAAUUGCAGGAAAUUUAAAAAAAAAAAAAAAAAAAAAAAAAAAAAGAAGGAAAAAUUGUUACCAAAUGCUGAACAAGAACCAUUAUCUAAAUGAAAAAAAUGUUCCCUCUCUCCUAUUCUAUCAUACACUUAUGACUUCCUGUCUAUACAGGAUAACUUUUACCCAUAUUUACAGAUGCUAGAUGCAACAUCAACAGCAUGAUCUCUUCCAAACUAGAAGAAACAAAGUACCACAUUUUGAGAAUAACUCUUUAUGUACUUUGGGGAUUGUCUUCUUACUCCUUACUGUGCCAUGAAGGAUUAAUUUUCUCUUGGUGUUAGAGAAAUCCAUACUCAAUGUUUUUUUUUUUAUUUUCAAGACAAUGUAUGGUUUCUUCUACCAGAGUCAUAAAUUAUGCAGAAAAAUGUGUGAGAAGUUCUAAGAGAAGUCAAUGAGUCACAGUGGGGGAGACCUAAAUAUAGUCUGAAAAGGCUUCAUUAAAUGGCAGUCAUAAUAAGCUUUUGCAAUGGAGCAUGUCUUAGAGAUUCUGAUGUGUUUAGGAUGUGACAUACCCCAGGAAUCUGCAGUCUGAAGGGACAAGGCUGCCAGUGGCUUCUGCUCCUGGUUUGUCCUUAGGGUAAGUUAUGGUACAGCAGCAGGAGUCAGAAAUGUGCUGAGUGGAAGUUAGUAGCCCUGCAGCCUGGAGAAAUUGCCAGAGGUGGAGGUGUAAUAAUUAAGGCAUAGAAAGUGGCAAGAGCUGCAGAGGGCAGUUAAAUAGUUGGAUUACGUUUCUUCCCAGUCCUGUGAUAGCAGAAGGCAUUGAAUACCCAUAACCAUGCCACAGCCUAGGCACUGGCCCUGUCACGCUCUGAGAAAGAAGCAUAUAGCCUCUGAUGGGGGUGAGAACUGUGGGUCAUCUGGAAAUAAUUGGACCAUCUGCAGAAAUUUGCUAAAAGCAAGUGUGAAGUGCAUUUUUUAUAGCCUUCUGUGUUCAUCCAGUUGAGCUGGGUUUCCUCAGGAUGGCAAAACCCCACAUCUCUGACACUAGUGAGACAGAGAUCAAGCCCUCACUCUGAAGCAGGGUGCGCUCCUCAUCUAAAUGGCUGCAAGUCUUGGAGGUGAGCAAUGCCUAUUCAAUUCCUCAUGGAUUAUGUUUUUCCUUGUACUCAUUUUUAGAAAUGCCUGAUCUGUUUCCCAUGAAAAAUCAUGCUGAAACACAAGAGCCUAAGAACAACAGUACUGCCUCAGAGAGAAGGUCCCUCUGGCCCAAUACUCAGUCUCCCAAGGUGGCCAACCAUAAAUGUCUACAGGGCAGCAUAUGAGCAGUGCUUCUGCCAGGGUCCUGGGAGCACUCAUAGGCCUUAAUGGCUGGGAUCAGCUUCCUCCAGGACCUUCAGCCCCUUGUCUUCAUUACCCACAUAACCAACAAUGGCCUUUGCAGUUCUUGCUGCCUGAGAAUUGCCAUGGAAAUCCUGUUCCUCUGAUGGUACCAAGAGCCACGUCAGGCUGCUUUGAAGCUAUGAUUUUUGCAUCAGCUCACAAGCUGAUGUAACACCUUUUCCUUACUGAUCAGUGAAAGAUGAAACUGGAUACUUAUUGUUUGUAAGCACCAAGGAGGAAUCAAUGAAAAUACAUGGCAAGUGUUAGAGGAAACAAUGGCAAGCUUUUCUCUGGAGAAGGGCAGGAAACAAAAUCAGGAUUAGGUACUGAUUUCAUUUUAAGAAACAAGAUUUGUUUUAUAAACCACACUUAAAGCAGGCUGUAAUACCUAUUCUAGAUGGCAGAGAUUAGGAAUGAUGGGUUCAAGUCAAGCACCAGCAUAUACAAAAUCCUCUGCAGCCAUUUUAGAGCUUAUUGAAAGUUCUGCUUCAUAGGGUGCAUCGUAUUUAACUGCCUCUCCCUCUGGUUUACCUUUCAGUGUAGGACUCUCUUGCCUUUAUCAGGCUGAAAAGCAGGUGCCUCCUCCAUGCUCAACACCCACACUUCCUAUCUAUAGUUGGCACAGUUGGCUCUGAGGCUGCAAAGUGAGGUCAGGAGGACCCUUGAUUGCUGAAGUCCAUGUUAGAGCUUUGGAAACAUGAGACAGAUUUUGUUUCUGCUGAAAGUGAUGACAAAUUUUCCUCAACUUAAGGGAGGACAGCAUAUGGCCCUCCUUACUAGUUUGCAUUAUUAAUAAGUACUAGUAAAUUAGUUAGAUCAGGAUCUUUUCCUUCUGAGCUGGCUGUGAUAGUCUGUAACCACCUAGAAUCAUGUAUUACUAAAGGACUUUAAGAGUGGAGCUUGGUGGGCAUCCACAGGAUUCACAGCUGAAGAGGUUUCUGAUUCAUUCAUCUUUCUAGGAAAGACUAAAAAGCUUUUUAAUUAAUAAUGUGUAUUUCCAAAACUGUAUUAAAACAAGAUCAUAGGGGCAUUUAAAGAGAUUAUACUUUGUGUGGCUUCUCUAAAAUAUGAGUGUGUUGAUAGUUGUAGUUGUUUUUAAAUGCUUUUUCCCAUAUGUUGCAAUGCAUUGUUAUACUUCAAAGGUUCACGCUGCUAGAUCUGAAGAAUCAUAAUCUAGUGUUUCAUUAUGAGAUUAGGUAAAAAAAUUAAAUUAUCAGAAAUUCUUAAACAGAUUUUUCUAGAUAUUGAACCCUUCUUCUCUCCCCUUGUGCUUCACCCCAACCUGUUCUUUGUGACUGCAACCAGCAGUGAUGGAUUAAAUCAAACCAUGCUACUGAACUCAUUUACUAUUCAUUCAGUUACUAGCUUACAAUUCAUGCACUGGCAGGUGACAAUAUUUGCUUAUAUAUUUUGUUAGGAAUGAAAGGAGUGAAUGAAAGGAAUGUUAGCAAAUGAAAUCUACAAGUGGUUGCUGAUUUCUGUUUUGAUGUUAUGUUUAUCAUUUAAUUGUGGUCCACUGCAAAUUUCUGUAUAUAUAUAGUUUUUUAAAAUAAAACAAAACA